UUCUAAAGUCGUUACGUCAUGUUUCCAAGCAACCAAAUAACUUGGGUCUAAACAAAACGACUAGCACCCAAAAUGGCGGCGCUCUCGAUAUCAUCGUUGGCUUCUUUUUUCGUGGAUGAGCAAAAAUCUUUAACCAGAGGUGAAAAUCACUAUCAAUCAAACCAUAUUGAAAGCUUUUUCUAUAACGAUAGCGUGAUUCGUGGAGAGGUUCAUGCCAGCAUGAAGAAAAAGAUCUACAAAGUGACGAUUUAUUUAGAUGAGGAAAAAGCUAUCAAGUCAACGGACUGUGAGUGCCCUCUGUUUAUUCAUGGCAUUUAUAAGCUUAGUCGAACUGAUAUUGAAUGCCAGUGGAGAAAGCGUAAAGCCACAAACGUGCCGCUGCCAUCGGUGCAAGAAAUGUUCCCGCCAGCAAAACCCGGAUAUAGGGCUCUUUCGAGAGACCCGAGUUGCGAAGAACGCAGCGACUUUUUUCAUAAAUUGAAAAAUUAUGGCAAAUUUACUGGGUUAUACUGGCUCAUGAGCCCUGAACCUGAAACCCAGUCUGGUUCAUUGCCAGUUGCCACUGUGGAUGAAGUGAUCUUCCAAGAGGAAUUUUUGCAACUGCAAGGAGCUGGAGUACAACGGCAGUAUUUCCUGGAGAGGGUCAAAGUCGACUGGAGGACAAUUGAAGAUGUAAGUCGCCUCACUUCUGGACAAAGGGACAAUCCCUCUUGGCAAAUGAUCAGGAAGGGUCGACUGACAGCAAGCAAUUUUGGGUCAGUUCUAAAUGUUAAGCGUGUUACCCCUUCCUUGAUUAAACGUCUUCUUGGCGAAUACGACCUUUCAAGAGUGAAAGCUGUCCAGUGGGGGGUCACUAAUGAGUCUGAAGCCCUUAAGGCAUUCACAAUGAAGACUGGCUUAGCAGUAGUGGAAACAGGGGUGUGGCUGCACGAGUCAGGUGUCCUAGGUGCAUCCCCAGAUGGAUUAGUUGGUGAUGAAAGUGUACUUGAAGCCAAGUGUCCUUAUACACAGCGAGACAUGACUAUUGAAGAAGCUUUCGAGUCAAAUAACUUUUGCUUAGAAAAGAAGGAUGGGAAAACUGUUUUGAAACGUGACCACGUCUACUGGCACCAAGUCCAAGGGCACAUGUAUUUUACAAAGAGAAAGAAAUGCUUCUUUGUUGUUUGGACCUUGAAAGACUUUAUUGUUCUUGAAAUCCAGCGUGAUGAUGGUUGGGAGGUUAGGAUCCAAGAACUAAAGGAUUUCUAUUUAAAACACCUUUUCCCCAAAAUUAUCGAAGGAGAACUUUAAAUGGUAGAAUAUGUUAAAAUGAUUUAUUGCACUUUAUAAUAAUCAAUUGCACUUUAGUUCACAAGCCUAUGAAUAAACCUCACCAUUUUGGGGCACAUUUGGCAAAAUUAUCACACAUGUUACCAAGAGCUCUGCAUGAAAAAUUACAAAACAUAUUUUGGUAUGUAGAGUCUUAUAUGUGAGACUUUGACAAAUAUAUGCAUGUACUUGCUCUAGAGUGGGGAUGUGAUCUGAGUACCAGGAAAAAAAAUCCUUUGCCCUUAAAGUUUAAUUAAGAUAUAACUAUUGCACCAGAAAGACUGUGUAAUGUAACACUUAAUCGCUUACUUUUUGUAAAAUCUGUCAACGAAACAUUUUUUUAAUCAAAUAGCUGGGGGUAAUCAAUGGACUUCAAAGCUAAACCCUUUCACUCCCAAGCUCCAAGUAGUAAUUCUCCCCAGUAAUUUUCAUGUAUUUCCUUACAUGUUACUUUUCAGAGAAUUUGAUGGUUGAGAUCAAUUGAAUAUCUUUAAGCUGAUACUUAUCACAAUUCCCAUUACUAGUUUGCUUAGCAAUGUAAUGAUAUUGUGUGGAGAAAUUGCAUACUGAUUACUGAUUGAAAGGCUUGAAGCAGAAAUUCUCCUGAUCAUGUCUAGAGAAUGGUGGGCAGAUUAGGGUUUUAAGGGUUGUCAUAAAAUUAAACAAAUGUUGUAACAUUUCUUUGGCACCAUUACAGUGUUAACUUGAACAAGAUAAUGUCACUUUCUCUAAUUUCUUAAAUGCUAGAAUAUACCAUGGAGGCCUAGUGAGAGGGUCUGUCCCUUAAUGUACUUUUCCAAGUACAUAAAGUUUAACCUCCUUACUACA